AUGAAAAGCAUACAGUGGCUCUACCUAUAUGGACUAGUAAUCGUGGUGUUGAUUCCAGCCAGCUGGCAGAUUGUCCUCAACAAUUUGUCGGAUGAGUCUAGAUGGCAAUCUUUUGAAUCGAAAAGCGCUCGGAGUUUUACUUCCGACAUCAAGCGGCAUUCUGAAGGCACCUUCACCAGUGAUUUUACCAGAUAUUUGGACAAGAUGAAGGCCAAGGACUUUGUGCACUGGCUUAUCAACACGAAACGUUACAGGUAUACAAGCAGAAUAUGGCUGAAAUGGUAG